AUGUUUUUAUCAAAGUUCAAACUCCAAAGGACUAUAAGUCCUCUUAUUCGCUCCUCUAACCUUUUAUUCCGCCCACAACCACGAUUAUUUAUGAGCACAGAAAUAAGGAAAGCUAUUGAGGAUGCAGUUGCUUCCGCCCCUGUGGUGUUAUUUAUGAAAGGUACGCCUGAAUUCCCCAAAUGUGGUUUCUCAAAGGCAACAAUUCAGUUACUUGGUCAACAAGGUGUGGAUCCUGCCAAAUUUGCUGCAUACAACGUGUUAGAGGAUCCUGAAUUACGUGAGGCCAUUAAGGAAUUUACAGAAUGGCCAACUAUACCUCAACUGUUUGUUGAGAAUGAGUUUGUUGGAGGUUGCGAUGUUAUUACAAGCAUGGCGAGAUCGGGCGAACUAGCAGAAUUAUUGGAUGAAGCCCGUGCCUUAGUUCCUGAAGAAGUAGAAGAAAAAGAAUCAGACUCGAAACAAGAAGCUACACAAACCAAAGAGUAA